CUCCUGUUUCAUUUCCAUAUAACAAAACGCGUGGGAGCUAUUGAGAUCGUGCGUGCUGUACGUGCAUCCUCCAUAUGUCGCUUAGAACUACUGCUUGGCUAUCGGCCAGGCCAGGGCACCACCAGCCGGUGCAGUGUUUGUCGUCGCCGGAGAAACCACGCCGCCGGUCGGCGAACUACCAGCCCACGUCUUGGGACUACGACGCUCUUCUGUCACUUGAUUCUGGCAGACCUGGUGAUCAGGUCCAUCCUUCUAGUUAUUAUAAGAUGAAGAGAAGGAUAAGAGAUAUGUUGCUCAAGAAAGUAGAACCAUCUUCUAAACUUCAGACUAUUGAUGCAAUGCAACGACUUGGAAUCUCUUACCACUUUGAGGAUGAGAUUAGUAACAUCCUAUACUCCAUCUCCAAUGAGAGUACCAAAGCUCAGUACACAUAUGACAACAUUGCUUUCACAGCCUUAAAAUUCCGGUUACUUAGAGAAAAUGGUUUCCCAACAAUCCUAGGACCAUUAGGCUACCAUAAUUAUGAAAAAUUCAUCACAAAGACACCAAGUCUGGAGGACGCAAACACACUUCUAUUACUAUACGAGGCCUCAUAUCUGGCAUUUGGAGAUGAGGAAAAAUUGGAUGUAGCAAGGACAUUUUCAGCUAAAGCACUUAAGCAACUUAUGCCAUUCAUGCUACCACACUUAAGGGAGGGUGUGGCACAUUCUUUAGAACUUCCACUGCAUUGGAGAGCUUCAAGACUAGAAACAAGAUGGUUCAUUGAUUACUAUGCUAGAGACAGAAACAUGUGCCCCUUGCUACUCCAAUUUGCUGAACUUGACUUCAACCAGGUUCAAUAUGAACAUCAAAAAGAUCUUGCAGUAGUGACACGGUGGUGGAAGAAAAUUGGGCUUGGUGAAAAGUUGCCAUUUGCAAGGGAUCGUCUGAUGGAGUGUUUCCAUUAUGCUAAUGGAAUUGUUUGGGAUCCAAAGCUUGGAACAUGUCGUCAAAUGCUUGCUAAAGUUUCCAAUCUAAUUGUUUACUUGGAUGAUCUUUAUGAUGUAUAUGGAACCAUAGAAGAACUUGUACUCUUCACAAAUGCAAUUGCAAGGUGGGAUGCGAUACCAAAUGAGACACUUCCAGAGUACAUGAAAGCACUUUAUUCUAUUAUAUAUGACACAUCAAAUGAAGUUGCUGAACACGCUUUGAAGAAACAUGGUUGUAGUAUGCAUUAUCUUCUACAAAAAUCGUGGUAUGACAUAUGCCUGGCAUUUUUGGUGGAGGCGAAAUGGCACCAUGGAAACUAUAGACCAAGCAUUCAAAAGUAUCUAGAGAAUGGAUGGGUAUCAUCUUCAGCACCAUUGUUGUUGUUACAUGCCUUCGCAAUGCUUGAUUCAGUUGUCAACAUGAGUACGAUAUCCCCUUUGCAAACCAAACUGAGAUUAGUUCAACAUGUUUCCUUAAUUUUGCGUCUCUGCAAUGACUCUGCAACACACUUAGAUGAGUUGGGAAGAGGAGAUGCUCCAUCUUUCAUAGCUUUACACAUGAUCGAGAAUGGUGGUAAUGAGAAUGAUUCUCGUAAGGCCAUGCAAGAGCAUAUCUUGAAGUCAUGGAAAGUAAUUAAUGAGGAGGCAUUUGAUAGUUGCCAGUAUUCUAUGCCCUUUAAUAAAGCUUGUAUUGACUUGGCUCGCAUUUCACAUUGUGUUUAUCAAGGUGGAGAUGGUUUUGGUACACCAAAUGGUCUAAAGAAGAAACAAAUUAGAGAUUUGUUCUUGGAUCCCAUUGAUAUAUGUAAUAAACAAUAAUAUAUAAAGAUUUAUUGAG